UCUCUUCACUCACAAUGUAUUCACUUUCAUGUACUAGUUUUAUAUACAUACAUACAUACACAUAUACAUACAUAAAAACCCAUUUGGUUUUCUCUAUCAGUUCUCUGAUGUAAAUCAUUUCUAUUUCCCUUCAUUGGGUGUUGGAGGGUAGUGGCUGAACAAAGGUUUUACACAGACAGAGAGAGACUUCUAGAGAGAGCAAGCGAGAGAGAGAGAGAAAUGGGGAGGCUGUUUGUGGUGACUCUUGAGGGCAAGAUCUACAGCUGCAAGCACUGCCGAACCCAUCUAGCUCUCUGUGAAGACAUCGUUUCCAAGCAUUUCCACUGCAGGCAUGGGAAGGCUUAUCUCUUCAAUAAGGUAGUGAAUGUCACUGUUGGAGAGGGAGAAGAAAGAAUGAUGAUGACCGGAUUGCACACUGUUGCGGACAUUUUCUGCGUUGGGUGCGGAUCAAUUUUGGGAUGGAAAUACGAGACUGCCCAUGAAAAGAGCCAAAAGUACAAGGAAGGAAAAUCUGUCCUUGAGCGGUUUAAGAUUUCAGGCCCGGAUGGAAGCAACUACUGGAUCGGUCAUGAAACACCUGUUGGUGGAAGUGAUGCCGAUGAUGUCUGAUUGCCAAGGU